AUGUCGGACGUCCAAGACAAGGGCGGGACGGUCAUGCCUCUGCCAGACUCUGUCGAGGACGAUAACGCGAACGCGACGCGAUUACCACUCCCUGAGAUGUGCGAAUCCAUGGCCCCGAUACAGGAAUCGAAGUCGACGUCGAUUCCAGAGGAUAGUGCUGUGAUACCCGCGCCAUUUGCACCUCCGCCAGAGAUACCGCCGAGUCCGAGUCGCACGAGCUCGCGGAUCCUCUCCGUGUCAUCCAGACUCAACAGUGACGACCGCGCCAAGACGUUUCGAUCCCGCAUGAGAGUAAAACUCGUUGACAACCCAGAGGGCUCCCGUAUCGGACGAUUCUACCACAAUGGGUUUCUCGCUAUCAUUGUGUGCAACCUGAUCGGUCUCAUGCUCGAGACUUUGGACGGUCCAAACCAUGGGAGCUCCGACCCCAUGUAUCCUAUGCUCCCCUUCUCCAAGUCGUACGUGCAGUCGGACAUGUUUUUCACCGGAAUUUUCACCCUCGAUUUGAUUGUGAAAUGCGCAAUCGCCAAGUCGCAGAAGCAGUUUUGGACGUCGAUCGUAACCAUCAUGGACGUCUUGGCCGUCCUUCCACUCUACAUUAUUGCGGUGAAAGCAGGCACACUCAGGAUGUCAAACACAGAAAUUCAGCUUCCCAGUGAGCAGUACAUCAAACUCUUGCGCCUCUUCCGAAUCAUUCGAGUCGUCACAAUGCUUAAGAACACGUCGGGAAUGCGCAUCUUGUACUACACGGCCAAAGAAAGUCUCGCACCCCUGACGAUCACGCUAUUUUUCUUGAUCACGUUUAUCAUGGUGUUUGCGACGGUCUUGUUUUACGCGCAGCCGUGCUACAACGUCGGUACAUGCGUCUUUACCGAUAUCUUCAACGCAGGGUACUUUACGAUGGUCACCGUUGCCACGGUUGGGUACGGCGAUCAAAUCGUCGACUUGAAUAACAUCACUGCUGUCAUUGUGGUGUGUGUCAUGAUGAUCUUUGGCGCACUCUACUUGGCCAUGCCGCUUGCAAUUGUUGGGAUCAAGUACGAAAUGCUGUGGACUCAACACGAAUCCGAACGAAAGCUCAAAAUCCGCGCCGACAGCUACCGCACUACUGGAAAACCUCCGCCGUCAGAACUCAACCAAAUCAUCCAUAUCGACUCGAUGCGUCUGGUCCCCAUGUCCAAUGCGAUAAAUGUUCAGUUUGUCGAGUUCUGUGAGCUCGCGUCAGUCCUAUCCCGCGACUGCGCCAAAUUUGUGUCGCUCGCGAAUCCCGAGUCUCUCCUCAACGGCCCUGGAGACCGCAACCGCGAUGAAGCUACCACGAAACUCAUCGACACCCUGCUUCGAGCUAUCAAAGCACACAAAGCCUUGUCAAGGACAGUUGAGUCUCUUGUACCACGCGAAUUGCUCAAGCCAAACGCACUUGCCAAGCAGCCCAACGUGUCUGAAACAUCGCCAUCGCGGCAUUCGACGUUCAAACAAACCAUGAUAUCGAGAGCCAAGCGCGCCCUGAGUGGGGCGGCACACCCCGACGAUACAGCCCAACACGACCCAAAUGCCAAGCUGCCGUUUCGUCGCCGUUUAUUCCUUCUCCUCGAGCGCCCGCAUUCGUCUCGGCAAGCCAACUACGUCAAUAAGUUCUUUCUUAUCACGGUGAUCUUGAGCAUGCUGCUCUUUUACGCCGAAACGACGCCCGAGCUUCAAGCUUAUGGCAUGUCGACGGAACUGUGCCAUCGUGCGCUGGAAUCGUACUGCAAGCAGUCGUCCAUCACGCCAUCGACCGACCCCGGGUGCUUUGUGUACUCGAGUCCGACCGUGUCAACGUCGACGAAGCUCAACUUCCACUGCCACCCUGAUGAGGUGGCGGACGCGUUGAACGUGUCGCCUUGUAUUAGCCUUGGAUGGAACUACGGAUCCAAUACCUCGGCCAUUGUGUGCUCCAAGAGCUUUUCCGACACGGAAAAGAUUUGCAACCUACGACAGUGCCGACCAAACCACGUUCCGAUGUUUGAUAUGUCGACCAAGUGGUUGUAUUUUGAGUGCUACUUUGGCUUUGUCUUUACGGCGGAAUGGUUCCUGCGCUUCUACGCUGCGCGACACCGACUCGCGUUUGUCCGGAGUUUCGGCACGUGCAUCGAUACGUUUGCCAUCACGCCCUUCUACGCCGAGCUCAUCACGGGUGUCGUGAGCGGUGUGACGCCAAUGUAUGCGAUCGUACCAACGUUCCCAACCUUCAUUUCGGUCGUGCCCAUGACAAAAACGCUUCGUAUCUUCAAAUUGGCCAAACACUUCAAGUCGACGAUGGUACUGGUGCGGACAGCCGAACUGACCUUCCGACGACUCAUGAUCCCGCUGUUUUUCCUUUUCUUGGGAUGUGUAUCUGCUGGGGCGAUCUUCUACGAAAUCGAGCGCGGCACUCAAUGCAUUGCAAAGAAACCAUGCAAGUGGUGGAACCUCAACAUCAUGACCAACGAGAUCGCCAAGCCAUUUCCUCCUGGAAAGCGCAUUCAGAUUCAAGUCGACAAACUCACCAUUGUUACCGAUAUGUUGCGGUCGACAUGGAUGUCCAUUGUCACGUUCACAACGGUGGGAUACGGGGACAUGCGACCCCGUACGCCCGUGGGCAAGAUUGCAGAUAUUUUGGCGAUGGUUCUCGGCUCCAUUUACACCGCCAUGCCUCUGUCGUUGAUCGGUGGCCAAUUCUAUGCGUGCUACGAACAGUACCUGAAAGAUAGGGACUCAUCUCGUCGCAACGGCGGGUCAGUCGCUUACACUUCGGUCGGCGGUGUGACUGCCAAAAAGCAACGGCGACGGACCGUCAUUGGCGCGGAGGACGUACCAACGUUGAGUCAGUUUGUCGCACUCAGUCGACUGCUGAACGCAGUUAUCCUGAAUGCGUGUCGGCUAAACACCAUGGCGGCUCAACCUGCGAAAAUCGGGAACAAUGGGUUGCCGUUGCCACCACUGCUCGACUCGGUGGUCCACAAUACUGAAAAAACAGUGCAGUCCAUGCGCCGGUUUUCCUCAUCUCGCCGCAACUCGAAUCCCGACGCUGUCCUCAUCGACGCGAUAGCGGCCACCCGCGUCUACGAGAAGAAGGUGCAGACAGUCAAUGCCCUCAUCAACAGCAUCACCGAAGCCUGCUCUCUUACUCAAACGAUUGUUUUGAAAUUCUCGAUCAUUGUUGAGAAGAUUGUGUUGGUCGACGACGACGUGGAACUGGACGCCCCAACGUCGUCGCCUCGGCGAGAUGGCCGACGAAGUGAAGUCAGGUACGGUGCCGCGAUGACUACCAUGCUUGCUCCCAAGUGUGCCAGUCCCGACGAAGUUGCGUUGGAGGAAGACCCCGGCGAAGCCACUUGA